AUGGCGACAGUUGGUGAAACUUACGUACCGGGAGCGGUGGUGGCCAUUGACUUCGGUACGACGUACACCGGAUACGCAUACAGUUUCAGGAGUGAAUUCCAGAAGUCUAAUGAAGCCCGAGAGAUAUUUCACAAUAGCUGGAAUUCGAGCUUAGCAGGAAAUCUAUCUAAGAAAGCACCAACUGUGGCUCUCUUUGAAGAAGAUGGGACCUUUCACAGUUUCGGAUACGACGCAGAGGAAAAGUACACCGAACUCGCAGAGGCAAAAACACACCACGAAUGGCACUACUACGCAAGGUUUAAGAUGCAGCUUUUUGAUAAAAUGACUCUUACCCGGAACUUCGAGAUAGAGGACCAGGAAGGCCGAACUUGCCAAGCUCAAACCGUGUUUUCGGAAAGCAUAAGAUUCCUUAAGAAAGCAGCGCUUGACGAGAUAAAUGAGAGAAACCCUAUAGCAGAAGAGGACAUUCACUGGGUUCUCACAGUCCCCGCUAUCUGGAAUGAACCUGCCAAGCAAUUCAUGAGAGACGCUGCAGUAAAGGCUGGGAUUCCAGCGAACCAGUUGAUGCUAGCACUAGAGCCUAAGGCUGCAGCCAUAUACUGCCGGACUCUCAAACAAGGGACGUUCAGUGGUAUAAGUAAAGAGGAUGUCAUUGGAUUCCUCUCGGCAGGUGGGCGAUAUAUGAUCCUUGACAUGGGAGGUGGCACUGUGGACAUCGCUGUCCAUGAGGUAUCCGACGACGGUACUCUGACAGAAAUCAUCCCAUCAUCGGGAGGAGACUGGGGUGGUACCAAUGUUGACGGAGCCUUUUACGACUUCAUCGACGCCAAAAUUGGAAAGGAAGAUGCCAAAAAGCUAAAGAAGACAAAGCAGUCUCAUUGGAUGAAGCUACAAAACAAUUUCGAAGUGAAGAAAAGGAAACUGAAUAAGUCAACUGAAAACGAUAUUAGAGUUGAUAUUCCACCGGUGCUGAUUGUUGAAGGCAAUUUAGAUAUCAAAUUGUGGAAUUCGUACAAAAUGGAUAUUCCAAACAAAGAAUUCAAAGCAUUCUUUGCUUCAACGGUCAAGAUACUAGGCCAUGUAAAGACAAUCUUGAGCCAGGUAGAGGGUGUCAAUUUAAUAUUGAUGGUAGGUGGCUACUCUCAGUCUGGCUUCGUGUCCAAUCAGAUAAAAGAAGCGUUCCCGGACCAAACCGUCCUGAUUCCACCGCAAGCUGAGGUAGCUGUCAUGGACGGUGCUGUCAUGUUCGGGUUUGAGCCAUGGACUGUAUCAGCAAGGAUGUGCAGACAUACAUACGGCAUCCGCAUAAUGAAGCCCUUUGCUCAGGGGAAACAUGACCCGGAACACCGCCGUGAUGUUAAUCUUCAGGACGUAUGUAUCAAUAUCUUCCAGAAGAUCGUAUCCAAGGGAGAAAUUGUGAAGAUCAAUGAUAAGCGAGUAGAGAACACUCUCAUAUCUGGACAUUGGAAGGAAAACAGAAAACAUCUUGAAAUGACAAUUCCCAUAUUUGCUUCUACGGCGGAUAAUCCUAAAUAUACGACCGAUCCAAGCUGUCAGCAGAUCGGCAUCAUAACAAUUAUGCCACCAACAGCUGGAUGGCCAAGUUCCGUCAAAUACUGCCUUGAGGUUUACUUUGGAAGAACGGAGUUUGAUGUUAGGGUUUUCAAUGACGCAAAAAGAGAAGAAUACCAAUCAAAGUUUGAUUUGCUUGAAGAAAAAGAGAUUCCACACGUCCCUCAACCAACAACCAGGGCCGGAGUAAAAACGACUUCUCGAUGUGUCAUCUCAUGAAAUUACUAUGUGAAUUGGCCGGCCUCUUGUAUGGUUAUACUGCACUAAACUAUUUUUUUUUGUAUUUGCAAGACCUGAAGCAUAGAUUCAUGGAAUAGUAAAUUAAUCUUUAUGUGAGUGAAACUUUUCUUAUUUUAUUUUAAAAAAAAAAUUCCAAGAAGUACCAUUUAUCUAUGAAUAAAGUGAUCCGAAAAGUGCCUGCAUCUAAAAUAAACUGUACCAAUGCAAGAAGCAGAAGGCCUUGGUGAAUCUGAAACCAUUCUCAGAACCUUCAAAAAGAUGUGACCAUAUUUAGUUUGGCAUAUAGGGAACAAGGGUCAAUUGCAGGGACCUAAGGCCUGGGAAGCGUGGUCCUGUCGUUCCCGGUCAAUACCUAUCCCCAUUUAAGCUAUUUGAGAAUUGCGCUGUCGUAGAAGGCUACCUUUUAAAGUUAAAUCUUACGCGAAAGUACAAGGAAUGUUCUCUUUCACUUGCUCGCCUGGCCUUGACGCAGUCAAUCAAUCUGUGAUGCUAUAGCAGCUAGAACUGCGCUUAUUAUUAAAUUAUAAAAAAGAGCAUUGUGCCAACUAGAUAAACAUAAACAUCAACAUCAACAAGAGGGUCGUAUAGGACAGAAUAAGAUCCUACAACGUAAUCUGAGCAAAAUAACAAAUAAUUAACUAGUCUAUCGGAGUAUUAUAUGACACUAUAUACUCUGGCCAUACACUUCGUCAAUCGUUGAUUCAUUAACAAUCCCUGGUUUAUUCCAGUGUGAUUCUUCGUCAUUCAAGUCGGAAUAUCUAUCCAACUUAUUAUUCCACCAUGUACUUUCAUUUUCAUCAAAUGAAAUCAGUAAUUGUUCAGAAUAAUGGCGGUCGACCUCUAAGCUAAUAAAGAGUCAGUCCUGAUCAAAACUGCCAUCUCUAUGUGUAAACUAAUUCUGUUAAGUUGAUGAUUGUAAUAAUUGUGAGAUAUUGUAUUUAUAUUUAUCAUAUAUUGGUAGCGAUAAACAAUAUACUACAAUUUGAUGUGUGUAUCUAUUUUGUGUUUCCUGGUGCAAAAAUCGCCAAACGUUUGCGAAAAAAGAAACUGUUUCGACACGGGUAUUGAGUUUACAUACAUCAAUCUUUUCCUUAAGAUCAAUACAAAUUGUAAUAAUUGUGAGAUAUCAUAUAUUCGUAGAAAUAAACAAUGUACAAUUUUAUACAUGUAUCUUUUAUGGGUUUCCUGAGACAAAAAUUGCCAAACGUUUGCGAAAAGAAAAUGAUUCGACACGGAUAUUGAGUUUAAUUCAAUUUUUUUCUGAAGAACAAUAUAAUUUUGAUGGUUGUCAAUUUAUUGGCGCAUGAUAUACUUUGGUUUUCCAUAUACAUGUAUGCAACCUCAACAUUGCAGGUGAGCCAAUAUCAUUUACAUGACA